CAUGCCUCGCGUCAGACUUGUUAACGCUUGUAUUAAUUUUGUAUUCUAAUAAACUGUGUGUUCGUUUCUGUAAUCGUUUGUCGUUGAUCCGUGACCUUCAACAGUCUGUAUAUAAGAAUAUCUGAUGGCAGCUUUCGAGUCCAAUGUGUAAAUGAUUAUCGCGUGCACGAAGAAGAGACAAGGUAUGGUAUAAUAGUGUAGCAUAAUAUGAUAAAGUGAAUUUCAUAUUUGACUGACUGAACUGAAACGGAACACUUAAAAAAUGAGCGUGGCUCUGCUUAUCGCGUGUGUCGGUGUAGCCUUCGUCUGGUUUUACCUUUACUUGACGGCCUACCACAAUUUUUGGAAGAAAAGAGGAAUACCGGGGCUGAAACCGGAACUCGCUUUCGGCAAUGUUCGAAUGAUGAUGACAGGAAAGGAGUCUUUGCCUGCUUUGAUAACGAGACUGUAUUACGAAUUCGGAAAUGAACCUCUGAUAGGGUUUUUCGUAAGGCGACGACCUGUAUUGCUCAUUAAGGAUGUCGAUCUAAUUAAAGAAGUUCUAAUUAAGGAUUUCUCGAAAUUCGCUGACAGAGGAAUUUUCGCAACCGAUCCGGCUAAUCCAAUAUCGGACCACCUGUUCGCCCUCGAGGAAAGACGAUGGCGGCCUCUGAGGACGCAUCUGUCUCCAGUAUUCACAUCCGGGAAGCUGAAAGGAACGUUUGCCCUGAUCCUGGAGUGCACCAAGCACUUGGAAGAGUCCCUCGACAAACUGGUAGCCAAAGGCGAACCGAUAGAAGUCAAAGACCUCGCCUCUAGGUUCACGAUCGACGUGAUCGGCAGUUGCGGCUUUGGUAUCGAGAUGAACUCGUUAUCAGAAACUAAUAACGAGUUCCUUCGAGUUGGAAAAAUGAUGUUCGCGACGAAUUUCUACAGAGUACUGAGGAUCAGGAUACAACAGAUCCUACCAGUGUUCCAUAGGCUAUUGUCUUACGUCCUGCCUCCAGAUAAGGAGAUUAACGGUUUGAUAAUGAAGAUCAUUAGGGAGACGUUGGAAUACAGAGAAAAGAAUAACAUAGUGAGACCUGAUUUUAUGAAUACUCUUUUGGAGCUGAAGAGGCAUCCGGAGAAGGUCGGUGAUAUCGAAUUGACAGAGGGUCUGUUAGCCGCACAAGCGUUUGUGUUUUUCGCCGCGGGCUUCGAGACGUCCUCGACGACGAUCGCCAACACGCUGUACGAAUUGGCGAUCAACCAGGAAAUUCAGAACAAAUUAAGGGACGAAAUAAGGGAGUUCGAAGAGAAAAAUCAAGGGGAAUGGAAGUACGAGACAAUUAAGCAAAUGAAGUAUCUGCACAAAGUGUUCAGUGAAACGUUGAGAAAAUACCCAUCUCUGCCAUUUUUGAGUCGCGUGACAACGGAGGAUUACAAAUUCAACGGAAUUGACCUGUCGCUGCCUAAGGACUCGAUGGUCUGGAUACCUAUCUUCGCGAUCCACAAGGACCCGAACAUUUAUCCUGAUCCGGAAAAAUACGAUCCGGAACGAUUUUCCGAGGAAAUGUGCGAGCAGAGGAAUCAGUUUCAUUAUUUACCCUUUGGACACGGACCCAGAAAUUGCAUUGGUGCACGUUUUGCUAAUUACCAAACGAAAAUCGGCUUGAUUAAAAUUUUGCGCAAACACAAAGUGGACGUUUGCGAUCAAACACCAUUUCCUUAUGAAUACGAUCGAUUCGCAUUUGUACUGUCACCAGGAAAAAGUCUAUAUUUAAAAGUUACCAAAAUCGAUAAAUAAUAGAAUGCAUAGAAAAUUAAUAUGAAAUAUGAUUAUAAUUAAAUAUUAUUCUAAUGUGAAGUACUUAAUGUGUGAAGACUAAUUGAAGGUAUAACAUUUAUUCUUGGCAUAUAAAUAGAUACU